AGGGAUUGGCAGAGAGGGGUGGAGGACACUGAAUGGAGGCCAGAGGAGGGAUUAGUAGAGAGGGAUGGAGGACACUGAAUGGAGGCCAGAGGAGGGAUGGAGGACACUGAAAGGAGGCCAGAGGAGGGAUUAGCAGAGAGGGAUGGAGGACAUUAAAUGGAGGCCAGAGGAGGGAUUAGCAGAGAGGGAUGGAGGACACUGAAUGGAGGCCAGUGGAGGGAUUGGCAGAGAGGGAUGGAGGCCAGUGGAGGGAUUGGCAGAGAGGGAUGGAGGCCAGUGGAGGGAUUGGCAGAGAGGGAUGGAGGCCAGUGGAGGGAUUGGCAGAGAGGGAUGGAGGCCAGUGGAGGGAUUGGCAGAGAGGGAUGGAGGCCAGUGGAGGGAUUGGCAGAGAGGGAUGGAGGCCAGUGGAGAGAUUGGCAGAGAGGGGUGGCAGAUACAGAACGGAGGGAGGAGGGAGUUCCA